UCCUCCGAACCCUGGGCUUCACCUCAUACUUAAAACCAGAACAUUAGCAAAAUAGUCCACUCAGCCUCCCUGCACACCAUGGGCUCCGGGGUCAGGCAGUUCAAUAAGAAUGUCUGCAUAUCAACCAAUUCAACCCAUCUGUGUGCAGGAUCUUACCCCAGGCCUGCCAGUUUGUGAGUACUGAAAUGUAGGCUGUUGGGGAGCUACUACCUCCUGCCAAAGCCACUCUUUGCUGGGAGAUUCAUGGCCCUGGAAUCAGACAGUUCCAGUCCUGCUUCCAUGGCUUCCAACACGUUUCCUCUUCUGCAGAAUAGGAAGAGUCAUCUGCACCUCACCUGUGGCUGCACCAAAUGGGCAGCCUCCCCUCUCCCUAAGAGAAACUGGAAGACCCCACUAUGCGCUGUUUGCGUUUGAAUGACCACAGGGUGCAGGCAACAGCAUUGAACCAUGGCUUCCCUGGCCAGUCGCCAGGACAAUCUCCUCCCUUGGACGUCCUCCAGGGGAACAGCCCCACCUGCUCCAGGAUAAAGCCAGCCUGGUGGCUCUGGGAGCAGAGCCGUCAGACGUUCAGAGCAGGCAAGGCUAAGCCAUGGGAAAGAAACGCGACACAAUCCUGGAGGUGCUGGAGAACCUGGAUCCCAGUGAACUCAAGAAGUUCAAGCUGAAGCUGGCAGCGGUGUCGCUGCCCGAUGGCUUUCGCAACAUCCCACGGGGCGCACUAGGGUCGCUGGACGCAGUGGACCUCACUGACAAGAUAGUGGCCUUCUACCGCGAAGACUUCGGCGCCAAGGUCGCCGCAGAUGUGCUGACAGACAUGGGCAUGCAGGAAGAGGCAUCCCGGCUUCAGGAGCUCCAAUAAAGGUGGACGAAGUUGGGAGUUAUGCGGUUUUCAGCGGAGGAGUCUGGGAGCCAAGGAGAGAUGCAGAGCAACACGGAUUUUCGUGGGCAAAGGCAACCCGCAGAAGCUCACCCCGACCACCGGUCGUAGGAAGACGACAGCAGCUUCUCCACGGCGGGGACAAAGGAUCUCUCGGUGCCUCCAGACUCUGUCUCCUCCCACCCUUGCACCUGUCGUUCAUUCUUCCACAGCUCAAUAAAUGCUUUGUGACAGACCUUCCUGUGCCUGUGUAGGCCUGCACGUGAUUUGCCACAUGUAUGGCGUGGGCGAGCCAGUGUGUGCCUGUGUCUCCGUUUGCCAAUGUCUGGGUGUCUGCGGGGUACCUCUGGGGAUCGCAAACCUUGCAGCGUGCACAACUACGCGUGCGCUCUGGAAGCGUUCAGGACUUCCAGCUCCAACCAGAAAAACAGU